AUGAAUCUCAUCGAUUGUAUCAACGUGAACCUCCUCACUCCGUACGUCGACAAGAUGGUCUCGACUUUUUUGGACAAGAGCCCGCAGAGUCCUGAAGUAGCUCACACAGUCGGUUUGCUCAUUGGCCUUUACUCGCUCUUGGAGGUCAUCUGUUCUCCAUUCUGGGGAAUGUUUGCCGAUUUUGCGGGACGGAAGCCAUGUCUCCUCAUCGGCCUUGCCGGUUCGGCAAUUGCCCCUAUCCUUUUCGGUUUGGGACAGUCCCUGCCAGUCAUCUUCGCUGCCCGUGCGCUCGACGGCUUCUUCUGCGGAAACAUGGGCGUCACACGAACGUAUUUGGGCGAGAUAGUCGAUGAGACUAAUGAGGCGCGAGGCUUCAGCUUUCUGGCUCUUUGCUUCUCAGUGGGCCUUUUCUUGGGACCCAUCUUGGGAGGAGAGUUGGUGUAUCCGGCACACUGGGCCCCCAGCAUUUUCGGCGACACCGUCUUCGACUCCCAUCCUUUCUUGCUGCCCAAUCUGACGUAUGCCAUUUUCGCAGCAGUAUCCUGGUGCAUUGGGGCGACUUUUUUGGAGGAGACAUUACCCAAAAGCCAGCGCUGCGGCCGUCAUCGAAGCACCGAAGCCUUUCCGCCUACCCCGUCAAUGCGACGGACGCUCUCAGGCACAGAUCCCUCAGGUGCGCCUCGUUCAUAUGUUUGCGAGGAUGCCAAUGAACCUGCGAACCCAGGAAGUGCUGGCGGCAAGUGCUAUCCAAUGACAGUAAUCCAGGUCAUGAUCGCGUACUGUGGCCUGUCGGGAUGCGUAGCGGCGCAGAAUCAGCUGAUGAUUCUGUUGGUGUCAUAUGACCGCUCAGCUGAUGGGUUUGCCUUCGGCCCACAGGAGAUUGGGAUCAUGCAAAACAUAGGCGCCGUUGGACUGUUGAUGUCUCAGCUGUUUCUCUACCCGACCCUGACAAAGAAGCUGGGUUUCCUGAAUACCUUCGUGAUUGGGUGCGUGUUGUGCAAUCUUUCCUAUGGCCUGUUCCCAAUUUAUGGUCUCUAUGCAGAUCCGGCAACUUACGGCUCUUGGAGAUUCUUGCCUUUGGGCCUCUGCCAGUUUUUCUACACAGCGGGGACAGGCAUGAUGUACCCCACUACCUUCGCAUUCAUCAACCGCGCAUCGGAGGGCAUGAGCCGAGGGGCCGUCAACGGCUGGGCAAAUUCCACGGGUGCAUUGUGUCGUGCAGUCUUUCCACCUGCAGCUGCUGCGCUCCUGGGUCAAUGUAACCGACUGGGGCCGUUUGGCCGCUACAUCCCUUUUUAUGUUAUCACUUUCAUUCUGGUCCUGACCCUGGCAGUCUCCUGGACCGGGUUGCGCAAGAUCGAUCAGAAGAGACUGUAG